AUGAGCACAGCUAAAAACUUUAUUGAGCUUUGUUAUUGGUGUAGAGUUGGCGACACCGAGAAUGUUGAUCGACUAGUUUCUACUGGUGUCGAUCUAAAUGGAGUGGAUGAGUUUGAUAACACACCUCUUUUUUUAGCCAGCCUCUGUGGGCACGAAGAUCUUGUUAAUCUACUUCUUCAAAGGGGAGCAGUAUGCGAUAGAGAUCGCUACGAAGGAGCAAGAUGUGUCUACGGUGCCCUGACAGACACCAUAAGAAACAUUUUGUUAAGAUAUGAUAUUUCGAAGGCUGUUGACGUAAAACAGCCCUUUGCCACGCACAUAUCGUUACAGCUACAGGAUAGCACGAAUACGCCUUUUGACAUUUUCUUUUCCUUCAACGGACAGCCUCUGUUAAAAGCUCAUCGUUUCUUGCUAGCUUCAAGGAGUGCUUACUUCGCUAAUAAAUUGAAUGGACCUUGGGCUGGUAAACAAAUCAUUCAUAUGCCCCAUGAGAGAUUCAAAGCCGCUUUCGAGAUCAUUCUAAAGUACAUCUACUUGAUACCUACCUUACAUGAUAUCUAUCCCGAGGACUAUAAGAUUUUAAAGGCAAUCUGCCUCAAAUUACAACUGGCAGACUUCUACGAUUCUUUGAAUGAACUUUGCAAAACCAGGGACUCGUCUGAGAGGGCUCAUUUGAUGGCUGAAUCACAGUUCCUUUUCACCGAGCAUGCCCGAAUUCAAAUGAAAAAUUUCGUAAAAGCUAUUGUCUCUCAAAAGCGUGAAUAUAAAGAGGCGCCUAAUGGCAUCAAAUCAGUUGAAGGGGAUAUCACAUGUUGUUCAUCAUUCCCUGACGUCUUAAUCUCGUUGAGUGAUGAGGCAAACCAGAAGACGCUAAUAUACCCUAGCCAUAGGUCGAUAUUAAUGCGAGCUGAUUAUUUUCGGAUUAUGUUUCACUCAAACUUUUCAGAAUCCACGCAUUAUUCUCAACACAGAAAUCUUUAUGCUGGUGAUAAUGUUGAACUUCCUGUCCUAAAGUUUCCAUCGAAAAAUGAUGAUGUGGCUUGCGUUAUUCUCAACUAUCUUUACUACGAUGAGACGGAAGUGCCGUCCAGGGUCGCCAUGGAUGUUCUCACUGCUGCCGACGCUCUCUGCUUGGACCGUCUCAAAACCAUGGCUGCAGUUUCGAUCACUCAAUCUUCAAGUCUACUUAGAUUAACAACGCCUUUCGAUAUUUUAUCUGCUGGCUGGGACACACGGAGCGAGAGGUUGGAGCACUAUGCAGCAAAAGUUAUUGCGCGGGAUCUAGUACACUACGGCAAACACCCAAAGUUGAAAGAGGCAAUCCUUGAGAGCUCUGCGAGAAUCAAAUCUCGUCAGGAAACCGACACCAUCGAGCUGGUCGACGACAUUCGGUAUUAUUUACUGAGAAAGUAUGAGAUAGAUAUCGACGAUGUACAUGACCUCGAGGCCGAAGGGUUUUCGGAGACUUUAAUGCGUCCAGAACUUGUUCGCUAUAGCUCUGAUAUACAGCUACUCGAUUCGAUUUUGAAAGAACUAAAUCUAGAAGCAUGA